AUGCUGAGACAGCUGGGCCAUCUUAAUGCAAGCUACAUUGAUGACUCUUAUCUCCAAGGUGACACUAGGCAAGAAUGUAAAGAUAAUGUUUUGCAAACUGACGAAUUGUUGAAUCUGGCAGGGUUUAUUAUCCAUCCAGAUAAAUCUGUCUAUGAACCUGUACAAAAGCUUACCUUUUUGGGUUUUGUCAUAGACUCCAUUAAAAUGCGAGUUACAUUGACACCAGAGAAAACAGUUAAUUUAAAAAAUUUGUGUUUACAUACCUUAAAGCACCCAAAGCUUACAAUCAGAGAGCUAGCUCACUUAAUAGGCAUUUUGGUGUCCAGUUUUUCUGGAGUGCAAUAUGGUUCAUUGCAUUAUAGGUCAUUAGAAAUGUUAAAAUCUGAAGCGCUUAAAUCAAGCAAAGGAAACUUUGAGGCACUGGUUUCCAUUAAUAAUGAAUGCGUAGAAGACCUACAGUGGUGGGUUGAUAAUAUUGAAAAUGCUUUUAAGCCGGUUGAGAGACCCAAGGCUGAUAUCACCAUCCACACAGAGCGGUAG